AUGGGAAGUAAAUUCUGUGAACUUCUGACGAUGCUAUUCACUUUGUUUUCAUUUCUGGUGGUGCUAGGCAUUGGGCACAGUUGGGCUGUUGCAGCACUGAAGGUUCAGUGCAUUGAUGGUGAGCAGGAAGCUCUUCUAAUGUUUAAAGAAGGAUUUACUAGUCCUUCUAGCCGUUUCUUUUCAUGGGUAGCUGGUGAAGAUUGCUGCAAAUGGAGUGGAGUCGGAUGCAACAACAGAACAGGCCAUGUCAUCACCCUUGAUCUCCAUAGCUUUGAUUCUUCUGAGGCAAUGAAAGGUCAGUUGAGGGAAUCCUUGCUUGGAUUGCCAUAUCUGAGUUAUCUAGACUUGAGUUCGAUUGAUUUCAAUCAAAUGCCAAUUCCCGAGUUCAUUGGUUCUCUAUCUAAUUUGAAGUAUCUCGAUUUAUCUAAUGCCAAUUUCAAAGGGAUUGUCCCUGAUCAUCUUGGAAAUUUGUCUAGUUUACAGCAUCUUGACUUAAGUGGCAACAGCUUUUCCCUUAAGGCCAAUAAUCUAGACUGGCUUUCUGGUCUUUCUUCCUUGGAAGUCCUUGAUUUGGGGGGUGUAGACCUUAGCAAUGCAGUUAAUUGGCUGCAUGCAAUCAAUUUGCUACCUUCUCUGACUGAGCUGAGUUUUUUCUCUUGUCAACUUCCAAUCCUUCAACAAUCUUUAUCCUUUGUGAAUUUCACUUCUUUGAAUGUUCUUGAUCUCUCUUAUAAUAGCUUUCAUUCUACCAUACCCAAGUGGUUGGUUGAAAGUAGUUAUACUCUUCACCAUCUUAAUCUCACAAGAUGCCAAUUGCAAGGUUCCAUUCCUGAUGCAUUUGUCAACUUUACAUCUCUUACUGUGCUUGAUUUCUCAUACAAUAAUCUCCAAGGUUCAAUCCCACAUAAUUUUGGGAACAUGACGUCCCUUGUUGUUCUUGAUCUCACAUUCAAUAGUCUUGAAGGCUCAAUACCCCAAACUCUUGGUCUAAUUCAAGAACAGCAACGCAUUAAACAUUCACCGUUGAGAGAACUCUAUCUGUCCUACAAUAAGUUGAAUGGUUCUUUAGAAAGAAUCCUUCCACAACUUUCAGAAUUAGUUGUCUUGGAAGUGGCUUCAAAUUCCUUUCAAGGUUUGAUCACGGAGGUUCAUUUACAGAAUUUCAGUAGCUUGCGAGUACUCGACUUGUCGGCAAAUGAGCUUGCAAUCAUGCAAAAUGGGUCCAAGGUUUCCCCAAUGGCUGGGAAUGCAUUUUCCGGACCAAUUUCUCCCAUCUGUGAUCUCAUCAAUGAACAUAAUGCCCUGCAUUAUCUAGACUUGUCUGAAAAUGCUUUAUCAGGACUGCUUCCAGAUUGCUGGACAUAUGGGCAAAAUAUGGUGUUUCUGGAUUUGGGAUACAACAUGUUGUCCGGCCAAAUCCCUGACUCAAUAGGACAUCUAGUUCAACUCAAGGUGUUGACCUUGGGUAUGAAUAAUUUUUCUGGUGAGGUACCUAAUUCCUUGAGGAACUGCAAAAGUUUGUUUCACCUGAAUCUUGGUUUCAAUGCACUAUCUGGAUCCAUUCCUGCAUGGUUGGGGGAAAGUUUAGAGAACCUGCAGAUUCUUUUGUUAGGCCAAAAUAUGUUUGAAGGAAAUAUACCAUUGCAGCUUUGCCAGUUGAAGUACAUAAAUACCUUACGCCUUUCUUUCAAUUCACUAUCAGGAAGAAUUCCGAGUUGCAUCAACAAUUUCCUGGUAAUUGCAGAGAAGGAGGCAGACCGUUCUUUUCUCUAUCACGAUUAUGCUUCAUAUGCAAAAGAGGAAUUAAAGAAGCUGAUGUGGAUAGACUCAAAAAAGCAUGGUACAUCAUUUUUAAGGGGCUUGGAUCUUUCGUCGAAUAAUCUAAUUGGAGAGAUCCCGGAAGAAGUGACAGAGCUAGUUGGAUUGGAAUACUUGUAUCUAUCAAACAAUCAAUUGACAGGAAAUAUUCCUAGCGAUAUUGGUGCUAUGAGAUCAUUAGAAGCUUUGGAUUUAUCGAGGAAUCAACUUUCUUGUGCCAUCCCAACUACCAUGUCCAACUUAUCCUUUCUUUCAUAUCUAAAUUUGUCUCAUAACAAGUUGUCAGGAAAAAUUCCUUCAGGGAAUCAGCUUCAAACAUUUGAUGCUACAGCCUUUCUUGGAAAUCAUAAACUCUGUGGACCUCCCCUUGCAAACAAGUGCUUGGAAGAUAAAUCUUAUGAAGAUCCAAACUGCAUAGACAAGGAGUUAGAAGGCAAUAACGAAAGCAUUGAAGCAGAAAAAGGGCAUGGAUUUGAAAUACCACCAUUCUAUCUCAGCCUGGGAAUUGGCUUCUGUGCAGGGUUUUGGGGAUUUUGGGGCCCUUUACUAUUGAACACAUCUUGGAGGCAUGCCUAUUUCCGUUUUCUUGGUUACAUGAUUGACCAGAUUUAUGUAUGGGUAGUGGUUGCAGUGGCCAGAAUACAGAGGAAGUUUCAGAGUUCACAACCACAAGACAAUUCUGAUAAGGAAUUUGUGUCCAUGACAGCAAAUCCCCACCCUGUAAAUGGUGGUGGAAGAACAUGA